CAGAUGUCGCCACCUUGGUUUUUGUUGCUGGCCCUGAUGUCGGUGACUCUGAGUCACGGCGCCAGGAUCCUGGGCCUGUUCCCUUUCCCAGCGAGGAGCCAUCUCAUGGUACAUAAGGCUCUGAUGUUGGAGCUAGCCAGGCGUGGUCACGAGAUUACCGUGGUCAGUAGUUUUCCGGAAAGCAAGCCGAUCCCUAACUACACGGACAUCGUACUGAACACGAAUAUGGGUACUUUAUCAGGAGGCCAUGUUCCAUCAAAUUUGUUCGAUAUGAAGACAGUGGGGGCCGUGCAACUGGCAGUAAUGUUGUGGUAUAUGGGUGAAGCAUUGUGUGAUCACAUACUACAAGAAGAAAAGAUUCAGAAACUGAUCCACUCCAAAGAUCUUAAUUUUGAUCUUGUGUUCGUCGAAGCCUUCUCUAACGAAUGUUUCUUGGGAUUCGCUCACAAAUUCAAUGCUCCCAUUAUACAAACCUGUACCUACGGAGGUGCAAAUUUCAUGGGAGACUGGGUAGGAAGUCCGAACCCAUAUUCAUACGUCCCCGAUGAUCUCCUCGAGUACAAAGAUAAGAUGAACUUCUGGGAGAGACUGCACAAUACAAUUGUUGGUACACUGAAACACGUGGGAAGGCAACUGAUUCACUUGCCGAAACAGAAUGCUGUUAUGCAGAAACGUUUCAACUAUACAGAUAACUUGCCACCUGUAUGGGAGCUGGAAUAUAAAACGUCACUAGUAUUUUUGAACACACACUACAGCCUGAGCUAUCCGAAGCCUCUCACGCCUAACUACGUGCAGGUUGGCGGAAUGCACGUGAAACCUCCGAAGAAACUUCCGCAGGAAUUGCAGAAGUACCUUGACGAAGCUCCAGAAGGUGUGAUAUACUUCAGCAUGGGCUCGAACCUUCAGAGCUCUCAGAUGCCUGAAUCCAAGAGAAAUGUUUUUCUGAAAGUCUUCUCAAAGUUGAAGCAACAGGUUUUAUGGAAAUGGGAGACAGACACGUUGCCAGGACAACCAAGAAACGUGAAACUUGGAAAGUGGCUGCCUCAGUCGGACAUUUUAGCUCAUCCCAAUGUUAGACUCUUCAUUACACACGGUGGAAUACUGAGCAUGCAGGAGGCCAUCAACAGGGGCGUUCCUUUGCUUGGCAUUCCAAUAUUCGGAGAUCAGAGUAUGAACAUGCGUAAAGCCGUCUCAGCAGGCUAUGGUGUUAUGGUUGAAUUCAGUAACGUCACUGAAGAGUCUCUGACAUGGGCUAUCAGAGAAAUUCUUGAAGUUCCAAAAUACCGUGAGAAUGCCCAGCGUCUGUCCCGUAUCUACCGGGACCAGCCACUCACACCGCUGGAGCAGGCCGUGUUCUGGACGGAGCACGUGAUCAGACACAAGGGAGCUCCUCACAUGCGCUCCGCUGCACUCGACCUCACCUGGUACCAGUACUUCCUGCUAGAUGUCAUCGCUGUAUUGACCCUAGCUGUGGGAUCUGUUCUUCUAAUCGUGUUCCUGCUGCUUAGGGCUCUCCUAACUAGAAUUUGUGGUGGUAAACACAAAGAAAUCGACAGUACAAUAAAAAAGAAACGUAGCUAACUUAAGAUCGAGAAUAUCAAUCCAGCAUUUACUAACACAUUACUUGUGCCCUGUCUCUUUGUAACUUGUUAACACUUAGAACCACUGAUUAUAUAUGGCGUUAUAGAAUAACGAAGUUAAAAAAUAAGCUUCAGGCUAUUCAUAAUACGUGCGUGACAAACCAGAUAUUAUUUUGCAUGUUCGGUGGCGAAUGGUGAAGGACUAAAUGUUUAAACUGUCUAAUACAGUUAUAUAUUUGAAUUCACAAUGAAGUGUUCCCGCUAUGCAUUUUGUAGAAAUUUGAAUAAAUGUUUGUAAGACUUGUACUUAA